CCUAGGAACCCCGAGGACCCCGGUUCGGGGAGCCCCCCAGCACUGCCCGGAGGCGCGGCGAGGAUUGGCGGCGCCCCGCGGACCCCAUCCCUCCAGCGCGGGCCGGGGAUGGAGCCGCAGCCCGGCGGCGCCCGGAGCUGCCGGCGCGGGGCCCCCGGCGGCGCCUGCGAGCUGGGCCCGGCGGCCGAGGCGGCUCCCAUGAGCCUGGUCAUCCACAGCACGACGGGCACCCGCUACGAGCUGUCGGUGCCCCCGGACGAAACGGUGGAGGGGCUGCGCAAGCGGCUGUCCCAGAGGCUCAAAGUGCCCAAGGAGCGCCUGGCACUGCUCCACAAAGACACCCGGCUCAGUUCGGGGAAGCUGCAGGAGUUCGGCGUGGGGGAUGGCAGCAAGCUGACGCUGGUACCCACCGUGGAGGCGGGCCUCAUGUCGCAGGCCUCAAGGCCAGAGCAGUCUGUGAUGCAGGCCCUGGAGAGCUUGACUGAGACACAGCCCCCAGUGGCGCCCGGGCCAGGCCGGGCUGGCGGAGGCGUCUUCCGGAAAUACCGAUUCAUUUUAUUUAAGCAUCCGUGGCACCGACAGGGACCCCAGAGCCCAGAGAGGGGCGGCGAGAGGCCCCAGGUCAGUGACUUCUUGUCCGGCCGCUCGCCACUGACCCUGGCGCUGCGCGUGGGUGACCACAUGAUGUUCGUCCAGCUGCAGCUGGCCGCCCAGCAUACCCCGCUGCAACACCGCCAUGUGCUGGCGGCCGCCGCCGCCGCCGCCGCCGCCGCCCGGGGGGGCCCCAGCGUGACCGCCCCUGUGUCCUCUCCCUGCCGGCCAGUGUCCAGCGCCGCCCGAGUGCCCCCAGUGUCCAGCAGCCCUGCCCCUGCGUCCCCCUCACCCGUCACAGCCGGCUCUUUCCGAUCCCACUCAGCUGCCACCUGCCCCGAGCAGAUGGACUGCUCGCCCCCGGCCAGUGCUGGCAGCCUCGCGUCCACCCCCGGCGGGAGCCCCGCGUCCACCCCCGGCGGGAGCCCCGCCUCCCGCUCCCGCAAACCCGGCGCUGUCAUUGAGAGCUUCGUGAACCACGCCCCGGGGGUGUUCUCAGGGACCUUCUCUGGCACGCUGCACCCCAACUGCCAGGAUAGCAGCGGGCGGCCGCGGCGCGACAUCGGCACCAUCCUGCAGAUCCUCAACGACCUUCUGAGUGCCACGCGGCACUACCAGGGCAUGCCCCCGUCGCUGACCCAGCUACGCUGCCAUGCCCAGUGCGCGCCCGCCUCGCCCGCCCCGGACCUCACCCCCAAAACUACCUCCUGUGAGAAGCUGGCGGCUGCAGCUCCCGCCUCCCUGAGCCAGGCCCGCACGUGCAAGCCUCUGGGGGACCGGCUGCGGCAGACGGAGAACCGGGCCACCCGCUGCAAGGUGGAGCGCCUACAGCUGCUGCUUCAGCAGAAGCGGCUCCGCAGGAAGGCGCGACGCGACGCCCGCGGCCCCUACCACUGGCCGCCCAGCCGCAAGGCCGGCCGCAGCGACACCAGCGGGGGAGGCGGCGGCGGCGGCCCCAGCGAGGCCUCCGGCUUGGGCCUCGACUUUGAGGACUCCGUUUGGAAGCCGGAAGUCAAUCCUGACAUUAAGUCAGAGUUCGUGGUGGCCUAGGACCCACGUCCCUCGCCCGACCACCCUGGGGCCGAGAGUCCCCCCCCCCCCCCCCCCCAGCGAGGCCUGCACGCGGGAGGGCAGGCGGUCAGGGCAGCAGGAGGCCCCCCCCCCUCCCCGGCCAGCUUCCUUCUGAUUUUUUGUUUUUCGUGGGUUUUUUUUGUUUUUUUUUCUUUUAAGUUCCAUUCUUAACCGUGGUUUUCCGAACUCUCCAUGGACUGGGUUCCUGCCGCCUCGGUUCAGCUCACACUUCCCCGCCUCUUCCUCCCGCUGCCGGCUCGAGCCUCGGCCGAGCUGGGCCCCUCCCCGCCCACUUCCCAAGCUCCAGAUAUGUAGCAGUCACUCCAGAUGGUUGAGAGUGGGGACGAGGAAGCCGCCCCCGUCCCUUCAGGUUUAAGUCAAAAAUGUAGAUGCCUCAUGAUGCACUUUACAGACGGGCAGGGCCCGGGAGGGAAGGCCUGCCGAGCACACCGGCCUCCGGGGCGGCCAGCAGGCCCCACAGCGACCAGAGAGCCCUGCGCCCGCGGGGCCGUUUCUCCACAUCUGUGCUUUUUUUCUCUUGGUCUCUUUUUCCAGGAAAAAAAAAAAAAAAACAAAAAAACAAAAAACAACGCUUCAGCAGGCUGGCCACAGCCAGCCUUGGGGUUCAGGUGGGGGUGUGGGGCCCUUUCCUAGUAGGAAAGGAGAGAGAGGGAGGGGAACAGACCAGAUGCCAGCCUUCGAGUCCACGCACUGUGCCCUUUCCUCCUGCCCCGCCCCCCUUUUGUUCUGAGCUUGGGGUAUUUAUAGACUAUUAAUUUUCUGAGCCAAUAGUGGUUGGGAGUCUCUUGAAAACUCGGGAGAGAAAUGGUUAGGGGGACAGGGGAAAUGAUACCCCCAGCCCUCCCUCCUGGCCCAACCUGAGGGAUCUGGGCCUGUGGGCUGCGUUUGGAGGCCCUCUGGCAGCCAGGAGGGGAGGGGGUGCUGAGCUGUGAAGCCCCCAGUAGGGGUGACGCUGUGUAGCAUUAACCCCCUUGGGGGGGGGUUCGCUGCUGGUCUUAAUUGGACCCUCCCCGCUCUCAUCCCCAGAUUCCCCCUGGGGCAGAGGGGCAAACCCCCUACUGGGGCCAUUUCAAUGGGGGUGGAGUUUUUGUUCAUUCACUUAUUUUUACUGAUAAUGGAGAUGAUUGGGCCCUGCCCCCCUUACCCCCCAGUCUUGUCCUUGCCCCACCUCUCUGUCCUCCAGACACCCCCACUCCCUGUCCCUCCCUUCAUCCUAUCUUAGGUGAACCCCCCAUUAUGUGUUUAAAGUUAAUGGUUUCAGAUGUGAACAUCAUGUGUUAACUGUAGCUCUGUAAACUUUUUUGUGGGGGGGUGGGUGGGGAGGGGUCAGAGGGUAGGGGUCAAGGAUUUGUUUUUUGUUUGUUUUUAUUUUCCAAAAAAAAAAAAAAAGGAGAAAAAAGGAUUGGGUUUGUUUUUCAAGAACUGUCUUGGAUACCUAUUUAAAUGUGUUCUGUUUUGGUUUUUUUUUUGUUUUGUUUUUUUAAACGAUUUUUAAAUAACACCUGUGCCUCCGCGGGUCUGAGGGUGGAGGUCCAGGCAGGAACCAGCCCGCCCCCCUCUGCCCUCACCAGGGCUCCCUCAAGAAAGCAUUACCCACCCUCGGGGGGUCGGGCUGGGGGGGGGGGUCCCGGCACCUUGCGUGAGUUUCCUGUAUGAAAAAAUUGGGAAGAAAGGCGCAUACAAACACCGUGAUUUCAAGUAAUAAACAGAAAAUGAAACCUGA